CCCAAGUAUCCACCCAAAAACGGAACAGUGAUAAUGAUCGGUUUCUGACUGUCUCCUCUGUCUAUCACAUUCUCACACGUUAAUCUUCUUCAUCAUCAUCAGACAGACAUCAAGUGACAGGCAAUUUUUUCUCUGUAAAACAAAAAUAAGGUGAUAUCUGGAUUCUAUCUCAUCUCUAUAACAUACUAAUCUUAAUUUAUUAAUUUUGAUAUUUGAAUCCUAUUUUUGAUCACUGAUUUAGAAUUUUAAAUUCUGCUACCAUUUAUAUAUUUAGGGUUUCAUCUUUCAAAUUUCCAUGUUAUUCCUCAAUUAAAUCUCUCUGGUAUAGAAAAUAAAUCAGUGCAAAUGGAGAAAGAACCACUCCUUUGCCAUCCUAGGCAAAAACCACCGGGGAUGCAUUUAAGAACACCAUCAGGUUUAUCACCACUUCCAGAAGAUGAAGAGAUUAUAAUUCCUUCAAAUUUACCACCAUCUUCACCAUUAACUCCUUCAGAAUAUAAAGAUUAUCUCAUAUUUGGACCUCCAUCUCCUUCUACUACUACUACCAUAAACAUUGAUGCUUUAAACCUAGCUGAUUCUUCAUCUUCUUCGCUUAACGCCUUAGAACAAGACAUUCCUCCGCCUCUUACUACUGACACUGCUACUUCUAUGACCAUUUCCUCGUCGCUGUUAUCACCAUCAACCUCACGGCUCAAUGACCCCUUUACAAAGACUAACAAAACUAAUCUUCACCGGUCGAAAACGGCACCAGCUAUGGCUGCAAUUAACAAUGUUGACCAUCAUGAGGACCACCUUGAAAAGCCUAAUUUUGGUACACAACCUGUUAUCCGCCAAGCAGUUGUUCUCUUGUUUGUUUACUUAUCUCUUGGUGUUGUUAUUUAUUCGUGUAAUCGAGAUAAUUUCUCAGCUAUAGAGACACACCCGGUCGUAGAUGCUCUUUACUUUUGUAUUGUCACUAUGUGCACCAUUGGGUAUGGUGAUAUUACCCCUACAACUACGUCGGCCAAGUUGUUCUCGAUUAUGUUUGUUUUAGUUGGGUUUGGAUUUAUUGAUAUUUUGCUCAGUGGGAUGGUUAGUUACUUUCUGGAUAUACAAGAGAAUAUGAUCUUGACAACAGUUAAAGGUGGUAUAAACACUGGUGCUGGAUUUCGUGAUAGGAAGCAUGAUUCUAGAACUAGAAGGUACUUCAUUGAUGUGAAGAAGGGGAGAAUGAGGAUACGAAUAAAGGUGGGAUUGGCAUUAGGGGUUGUGGUUCUUUGUAUUGGGAUUGGUACUGGCGUUAUGCAUUUUGUGGAGAAGUUAGGCUGGUUAGAUUCGUUUUAUCUUUCGGUGAUGUCGGUCACAACUGUUGGAUAUGGAGAUCGAGCAUUUAAUUCUCUCCCUGGCCGUAUAUUUGCCUCAAUUUGGCUUUUGGUGUCUACACUUGCCGUAGCUCGAGCAUUCCUUUACUUGGCUGAGGCUAGAGUUGAUAAGCGGCAUAGGACGAUGACUAAGUGGGUGCUUCGUCAAGAUAUGACUGUCAAAGAGUUUCUUGCUGCUGACAUGGACCAGAAUGGUUAUGUGAGCAAAUCUGAGUAUGUCAUAUACAAGCUCAAAGAGAUGAACAAGAUAGCAGAAAAAGAUAUCCAACAGAUCUGCGCACAGUUUGAUAGGCUGGACGAAGGUAAUUGUGGAAAAAUAACUCUCGCCAAUCUCUGGGAAAAUCGUCAUUGAGCCAUGGAAGGGUGUUAUUCCUUUGGUUGAUGGAAAUUAUUAUGAUAAAAGUUAAAAAAAGGUGGAAGUUGUGAGGAUCUCAUGCCUCUAUGUACUGAGCCAACUGAUGCAUCCGAAAUCUCUGCGCUUCUGUUUUUGUUCUUUUUUUUUUUGCAGUUCUGUCUGUUUCUGUUGUAUAACGGCGGUGCAGUAAGAUGAGUUUCUUAAAUUUAUAACAGUCCAAAUUAUUUGGUACUUAUGUAGCCUCUCUAGUAAUAAGAUGAUCAAGUUGUUGGACAA